GGUUAGUUAAGCCAAGACCUGCCACUUCUUUAGCAGAAGCGAGAUGCCGAGCGGGAAGGGGAAACCGCUGGCGGCUCGGCCAGAAAAACGCGGCGGCGGCGGCGGCGGCAACAGUAGUCGCCAAUGGGUGGUGGUUCUCCCAGAAACUGCAACAGAUCUCCCAAAGAAGCCGGGUGCUGGACCUUUGUUUUCAAGGCUGCCACAUCCAAGUACAGGACAAGCUGCCCUGUAUUUAUUUGGUAGCGAUGCAUGCCAGAUAUUUGAAAUAAAAGCUUUUCAUGAAGAAUACCGGUCAUGGUUUAUUGGUCAAGAAGUUCAAUGUGAUGGACGUCUAUUUUUUGCUACACCAAUGGAUUCUUUGUUUCUUGUACUUUUUUACCUCAUGAAAGCAGAAAAAGAGCAGGGAAAGUUUCAGCCACUGGAUCAAGUUUUGGUGGAUGAAGAGUUUUCUUCCAGCAUACAAUUGCUACAGUGCACAAAUACUUCACAAUCAAUUCACCACAUAGCUGAGCAAAAAGAAAUAGGUGGUAAGAAAUUUUUUAGAUACAGUGAGAAGAAAACACUGACAUGGUUAAAUAAAAAGGUUAACCAACUGGUGAAAGUAAUAAAAGAAAAUAACAUACCUGUGGGUGAAAAAGUUCAGGCUGCUACAUUUAUCAGCAAUAAUCAGGCCAACAGAGGCACAGAAGAAGAUUAUAUUCGUUAUGCUCAUGGCUUAAUAUCAGAGUAUAUUCCUGAAGAGCUAAGUGCAACAUUAGCUAAUUAUUUAAGACUCCCACAAGGUACAGAUCUUCCCUCAGAGCCAGCAUCAAAGGUAAGACUUCUUAAGAAAGGCAGCUUCUCAAAACUUACAAGAAGUUCUUGA